UACCUCUCUUCAGAACCAGAGGGAAAGUGUGUCUAUAAAUACUGAUACAUUCUCAAGGAUGAUCCCUUGAAUCAAGCUCAUUUCCCCUCUUUUCUUCUCCUCUGCCUACCCCAAUGAUACGCUGCAUGCGAGCAAUGGCCUGUUGUCCCACGCAUGGAUGCUUUUUCUCUACCUCAUAAUGAGGGGUGAUGUGGAGAUGCAGAUACGACAAGGUUCAAGAAGUAUACGCAGUACGAGCGGUGGAAAGAAUGGAUCCAUCCCAUGAUACUAUGUACCGUCGGCUUACUGGAUAGGUGUCUUUCAUCUUCCCAACCCGUUGGAUCAGUCUUGAAAGAGUACGUUGGUAUGGAAGGAGCGGAGCCGAUGCCGAUCAAUGCGGAGAAAGACAACAAUCCAUGUUCCCCUGACUCUCACGGCUUCUUCGACAAAUCCACGGGGCUCCAUAUAUUUUUGUUAAGCUUAAUUGCUUGUUACAUCUUGUCCUACUCUUAUCAAUUCGCUUUUCCCCUCUGCGGGACCAUGCCCCAACAUGACAUAGGUGCUGGAAAUUGCGGCUGUACACCGCAAUGGAGAAGCUGGAGAUUCCAUGCCACGGCAGAGUUUUGUCUUCAGGUUACAUCGUGCAACUGUUGAUCAUCUGACGCCAUUGUACAGAUGCCGUGAGGGGGAAUCCGAGA